AUUUUUAAAGUUAUAAUUUUCAAAUAAAAGCUUCAACUUCCUCAUGCCUCACUGACAUUUAUAAUCAAUAGUUACCGAUUUCCUCGUAUAAACAGUGCAUUAAUUAAGUUGAUAGAACCAUGGGAUAAUGUAAACAACACAAUUAUGUCCAAAGCUGUGAAUCACCCCCCUAUCCCAUACCCAAAGUGGAUUGUAAAAUGAUAUUCAAUUAUGCUUAAUGGAUUUAAUUAAUUUAAUGGAGUAAUAAAACUCCAGAUUAAGUAAACUCAGCCAUUUGGUAAAUGAUUUUAUGGUAUCGCCAUGACACUAUCAAUAACAAAAUAUUACUUAUCUAAUCUAUACUUGAAGUGAAUUGGACUCAGUUCCUAUCUAAAUUUACCGUAAUUAAAAUUUUUCCGUAAAUAUACUAGCAAAAAACAAUAAUGUCCUCGGAAACAAAUGAACUAUUUCUUCCACCUCCUUAUUGUAAAAAACUGAAUCCUGAAGACAAUGUUUUCAGAGAAGAUAUUUCUAUGCCGAAGAUUGAAGUAUCCGAUCCUGGAAAAAUAUUGCAACUUUGUGAAAUUCUCACCGAUAGGACCACGAAAAAACUGGAAGUUAAAAUAAAUAGAUAUCUGAAAUCGGAAAGCGAAUCUACAAGCGUUUUUCUCAUAAAUUUACUGAAUGUAUCUGAAGAAGCUGUGGUCCAAGUGGUAGAUGAGAAGAUAUUAGAAUCAAGUAUUCGUACCUCACUUUCAGAGGAUACAAUAAGUAACAUAGUAGAGUACAAAGACAAUAGCCUGAAAUGUGCCGAGAACCUCGAUCCAAAAAUUCAAAAAUUGAUAAAUGACAUUGUGGGAAAUGAUGCUGGAGAACUCAUGAUUGUUCCGAUUCUGGCCAAUGAAAGAAGAGCCAACGUUCCAAAGAAAAAGAUUAUCACACCCGUGUACCUGAUUUGUUUUGCACACUCUUCGAAAGACAAUUCGUACAUCACGCGUCUAGUUCACGAAACUUUCAAGUACUGCUUAACCUUAUUGCUCAACACAAGAGAGUGCGAGGAAGAGAGAAGGUUGAAGCAGCAAUGUCAGACCCUACUCACAGUGGCAAGGAAACUGUUUUCUCAUUUAGGCGAUCUUAGCGAUCUUCUCAAAGAGAUCAUGUCAGAAGCAAGGCGCUUGACGAAUGCUGAAAGGUGUUCAUUAUUCUUGCUAGAUCCGGACCAUAUGCAUUUGGUAGCCAAAGUUUUCGAUGGAGUCAGUCCAGCAGAAAAGAGAGCUGAAGUACGAAUCGCCAAAGAUCAGGGCAUUGCAGGCCACGUAGCUGCGAGUGGACAGAUCCUGAAUAUCAAAAAUGCUUACAAGCACCCGCUUUUCUACAAGGGAGUAGAUGAGGCUACAGGUUUCAAAACGAGGAAUAUAUUGUGUUUUCCUAUUCGGGAUGAAGAUACCAUUGUUGGCGUAGCCCAACUAUGUAAUAAGAUUGAUGGACACUUUGACUAUUUCGAUGAACAAGUAGCUAAUGCUUUCAGUAUAUAUUGUGGCAUAUCGAUAAUGCAUAGUUUAGUUUAUAAGAAAAUACAGGAUGCCCAAGCAAGAAGUCAACUGUCAAACGAGUUGAUGAUAUAUCACAUGCAGGUUAUGGAUCAAGAUGUCGCAGACGUAGCCACUUGUUCCAGCUUGCACGAUUUCUCCAACUUUGAAAGCUUCAGUUUCAUACCGAGGAAAGUUUUUCCCAAAGAAAUCCCUUGUUGUAUACUGAAGAUGUUCGAAAAUCUGGAUUUCGUCAACCACUUCAGAAUUCGAAAGGAGGCAUUGAUUAGAUUCAUUUUGUUCGUAAAAAAAGGAUACAGAGCAUUGCCGUACCACAACUGGCUGCAUGCGUUUUCAGUUGCUCACUUUGCUUAUUUGUGUAUAAGGAAUUUUCAGCUGGUAGAGAUGGGGUAUUUAACAAAACUAGAAGCCCUUUCUUAUAUAGUAUCAUGCCUGUGUCAUGAUGUUGACCAUCGAGGAACAACGAAUUCAUUUCAGCAACAAUCGAAUAGCGUAUUAGCAAGUUUAUACUCUAGCGAAGGAUCUGUUAUGGAAAGACAUCAUUUGUCGCAGACUAUUUGCAUAUUAAAUACCGAAGGAUGUAACUUCUUGGAAUCUCUCAAUCGAGACGAUUACAUCAAAUGUCUCGAUCUCAUCAAGAAUAUGAUUCUUGCCACAGACCUCGCUACUCAUUAUAGGAUCCAUUCGAGGCAGUUGGCUAUGGCUCAGGAGGGUUACAAUAAAACGAAUCCAGAGCACAGGUAUUAUUUAUGUAGUCUUUUGAUGACCUGCGCAGAUCUGUCUGACCAAACAAAGGAUUGGCCAGAAACAAAGAAAGUUGCCCAACUUAUUUACACAGAGUUCUUCAUGCAAGGAGAUUUGGAGAAGAAAAUGGGCAAACAACCAGAGCACAUGAUGGACAGAGAGAAGGCAUCGAUUCCAGAUCAUCAGCUGGAAUUUUUGAAUGAAUGUUGUAUAUGCAUAUUUAGAAUAUUAGCAACGAUGUUUCCUGUAGCUAAAGUAUUAGUAGACUCUAUCAAGAAAAAUAUUAUUGCCUGGGAGUCCUCGAAAACUAUAUUCGAAAAACUGUGUGUUGAAGGUAGAACAUCUUAUGAAGUUUUAACAAGUGAUGAACUAGAGCAACAAGUUCAAGCUACCCUGAGUUGUAUCACAGGUUUAUAAGCAGCAUUGUGCAAUAGCAUAGAAAGACAAGCCUGCAAUAAGUGUAAAAUUAUUUGUUUUGUUAUUAUUUAUGUUGGCAAUAAAGACAUGUAAAAAUUGA